AUGGCUAGUGCAUUUAGCGUGUUAUACCGCUCACUUGCACUGUGUUUUUUCAUUUACAUAGUAUUUUAUACUUAUCAAGUGUUUCAUGGCAAUGGUCCGUUUCAUUUGAAGGACCUGGCAUUUUUAUUGCGUUUUCUCACAAUCCUGACAAUAUCACUUCAAAUUGUUUACUAUGCUUUGGCGACUCCUUUACAGUAUUUCAAAAACUUUAAAAUGCACAGCUCAUUAUACGCUCUUGCAUUUACGGCCAAUUUAAAUUUAUUGAUGAAGGAAUCUGAAAUGAAAUUUGUUCCAUGGUGGUAUAAUCAUGCUUGUCACACUGUUGGAACUCCUGCCAUCAUAAUUGACGCUUUACUAUGGAGACCAACAAUCGUUCCUAUGUCGAACUCAGUCUUGCUUCUUCUAGCAUACUUCGGUGGAUAUGUAAUCUAUGUGGAAUACCUUAUACGCAUCCAUCGUUUCUACCCUUAUCCCAUACUUGCGGUUUUCUCGGAUAUUGGACGAUUUGGAUUUUAUUCAGUGAUGAUCAUCGCUACUGUCCUUUGUUUCGGAGUCGGUGUACUGAUGGUUCGCUCUCUAAAUAAGACUCAAAAUAAAAGGUUCGCUUCAAAAACACAACAACGAACAGAGCGAAAAGAGUCUAUUCCUGUUCAGAGUAGACACAAGAAAUCUAAGAAGAUGGAUUGA